AUGGUCGAUACAGAAGCGGCGAAUAAUGUGCCAGCUGCUGUCACUGCACACGUCAGUGUAAAAUUACCCGAGUUUUGGAAAUCUGAUCCGGCCAUGUGGUUUGCUCAGGCCGAAUCACAGUUCGCACUGGCAAAAAUCACCGCAGACGAAACAAAAUUCCAUCACAUCGUGGCCAAAGUAGACCAGUCGGUGAUUUGCCAUAUUACGGACCUUGUUACAAAUCCGCCGGUGACGAACAAAUAUGAUGCCGUUAAAGAGCGACUAAUCGGCCGAUUCGCUCUAUCCCCGGAAAAUCGCUUGGAACGAUUGCUUGGCAUGCACGAUCUGGGAGAUUUGCGACCUACACAUCUACUCUCUAAAAUGCAGGAACUAUCGACCGGCUUAGCAGUUGACGACAAAUUGCUCAAAAUGCUAUUCAUCCAACGGUUGCCUCUGAGCAUACGUCCCAUUAUCUCUUGUCACGACGGAACGCUUGCCAAAUUAGCGGAAAUGGCAGAUAAAAUGGUAGAUACAAUGACCAUGCAAUCAUCUGCGGUAACUACCAGUGACAAGGAAUUCGUCAACACGGUGGAAAAUGAUCUCAGAUCGGAAAUCGACUUUCUGACUGCCGAGAUACGCAAGCUUAAAUCGUUCGGGCGCUCACGAAGCCAAUCUGCUUCAAGGACUCGUCGGUUUUCCUCCACCAGCCAAGCACAGAACGAGAUCUGUUGGUAUCAUCGAAAAUACGGCACGAAUGCACGCCAGUGCCGACAACCAUGUUCUUUCAGUUCAAAAAACUAA